CAUCUGACCUGACACCCUGUUGAAGGUGGUUGAAGGUUCAAGUUCAAUUCAAACCAAUUCAAACGAGAGAGUCGGAGAGACUGGAGACUGGAGUACUGGAGAGAGUGAUUGUCAGACCACCUAACCACGCGGAUGUUCAGCCACCCUGAUUGCCAUAUCGGAAAAAGAUGGACGGUACUGAUAGCGAAGUAGAAAAGCUGUUGAGGGACGCCGCAAGAGGCGAGGCCGGUGUGGACGCGGUACGAGAAUUUCUCAAGAAGUAUCCUGGCAGGGUGGACGCGUGUGCUCCCGGCGGUGAAAGAAAAACGUGCCUGCAGAUGGCCGCGUUCCAAGGUAAGCGUGAGCUCUGCACCCUUCUUCUGGACGCCGGUGCCUCUUUGUGUGCGGUCGACGUGCACAAAAAUACGCCCUUGCAUUACGCGGCAUUCGGCAAUAAGCCGGAAAUAAUGAAAUUACUGUUAUCGCGAGGCGCGGCUAUCAAUGACGUCAACAAGUACGGAAGAAGCGUUCUGCACGUAGCGGUUAACAUGCAGCACGUGCAAUGCGUGAGGGUGCUGCUGCGAUCUAUCAAUGUCCUCAAUCUCUUCAGACGUAGCGUUCUGCACGUGCAAUGUGUGAGGGUGCUGCUGCGAUAUCACUGCGAUGUUAAUCUCCAGGACAAGGAGGGAAAUACGCCAUUGCAUCUCGCGGUCUGGCACAAUCAGCCAGAGAUAAUGGACCUGCUGUUAUCGCGAGGCGCGGCUAUCAAUACCGUCAACAUCUUCGGACGUAGCGCUCUGCACAUAGCGGUUAUCAAUCAGCACGUGCAAUACGUGAGGGUGCUGCUGCGAUAUCACUGCGACGUUAAUCUCCAGGACUGGUGGGGAGCUACGCCGUUGCACUUAGCGACUUCGAAAGGACACUGGUCGCUCGUCGAGCUGCUGGUGCAUCACAACGCGGACAUCGGCAGCACGGACAAGUACGGUGACACCGUGCUGCAUAUUGCGAUAGCCAAGAGCACGUAUAAACAGGCUGCCGUGCCUACACCCGAAAGUAGUCGGGAUUCACCGCUUAUAUAUGCUAUCUGGCAGAACCUGGCGAGGCAAGGUGCAAAGACUGAAUUAGCAUUAGCUUGUUUCCUAGUAAGCGUGGACAGAAGUUGCAAACUUCUCGAACAGGUCAGAAACAACAAGGACAAGACGCCGCUCGACCUUCUGGAGGGCAAUCCCCAGGCCGCUCUGCUCGCCGAUCUCUUACGAUCUUUCAAAUACCAAAGUCACAGCACGCAAUUAGAGCUAGAGAAUCCACCGACCGGUUACGUAGAGCCUGGAAACCAGAGUCGCAUAUCUCGAGGAAGCGAUUAUGUGCAGCAUCUGCAUAACACGUCGUCGUAACGUCGCCUUCCUCUGCAGACACGGCGCGUGCGAGCACUGCGCUGCACCGCUGAAGAUCUAUCACAUGUGCCGCAAGACGAUCACCAAGAAGAUCAAUUUAUAUUAGAAGAUCGAUCGAUAAUCAACACGCUUAUAUUGGGACGUUAAUUUCCCACGCGGCGCGCGCGCGCACAGCGGGUCUCGGGAGGUAGCGAUGAUAGAUAACAAUAGCAAAACGGCUCUGUUGUGUUCAGUUUUGAACAAUUUAGACCCUACACAGCUCGGGACGAGAGUCACGUGUUUGGAGGAAUUUCUUUACUACAUGUUGCACAUUCCUCCCGAGAUACUCUGUUUACUUGCCUAACGGGGAACUCUGCGGUGUCAGCGUAGGAAAAUGUUCACCAUUUGAUCGUAGCACUACGUGCGUUACGUUGUGUGCUGAAGAAAUUAAACUGCCAAAAUGUA